AUGCAUGGUACCCGAGGUUCGAAUAAAUCUGAGUCUGAAGAUAUGGAAAAACUAAUAAAAAAGGUUUGCACCAAUUUUGCUAAACAGAUAGAAGAAGGAAUGGACAAAAAACUGAGUAAACUUGACAAUGUUCCUUCUGUUACUAAACCUAUCCAUAGUUUAGACAAGCAGCAAGUUCCAGAACCUCCCAUUUGUUCCAGUAAAACAUCGAUGACUACCACGGAAUCCGAAGAAGGUAAAUCUCAAAGUGACUCAGGUUCAGAUGAAUUGGUUGAUUUCCAUGAAGAACCACACAGAACUCAGUCUGAACUGGAUGACUUGGUAAGAGAUUUACACUUAUCUAAAUCCAAAGGUGAAUUACUAGGUUCACGACUGCAACAAUGGAGGUUACUUGCUCCCAAUACAAGAGUUAGUAUAUAUCGUACGCGAAGUAAAUGA